CUCGCCAUGCUCCGCCCGGCCGCGCAGCGCCUGCGGGGCCUCGCGCUGCGGAGCUGCCCGCUGCGGGGCUCCCCCGGGCGCCCGCGCUCCGUCUGCGGCCGGGAAGGAGACGAAAAGUCACUCUUACCUGCAGAAGCAAAAUGGAAAGACAGAGCAGAAACUGUGAUCAUUGGAGGGGGCUGCAUCGGUGUGAGUCUGGCCUAUCACCUGGCUAAAGCGGGGAUGAAGGACGUGGUCCUGCUGGAGAAAUCGGAGCUCACAGCUGGGUCUACCUGGCACGCAGCAGGUUUAACAACCUACUUUCAUCCUGGAAUAAAUUUGAAGAAAAUCCAUUAUGAUAGCAUCAAACUUUAUGAGAAACUGGAAGAAGAAACUGGGCAGGUGGUGGGAUUCCAUCAGCCAGGUAGUAUCAGACUUGCUACAACCCCUGUGAGGGUAGAUGAGUUUAAAUAUCAAAUGACUCGGACUGGCUGGCAUGCAACAGAACAGUAUAUUAUUGAACCUGAAAAAAUUCAAGAGAUGUUCCCUUUGCUCAACAUGAAUAAGGUUUUAGCUGGAUUGUAUAAUCCUGGAGAUGGUCACAUUGAUCCUUAUUCUCUAACGAUGGCCCUGGCUGUUGGGGCUAGGAAAUAUGGUGCCCUUUUAAAAUAUCCUGCACCGGUGACUUCUCUGAAACUCAGGUCAGAUGGAACAUGGGACGUUGAAACACCCCAGGGAUCUUUGAGAGCAAACAGAAUUGUGAAUGCUGCAGGAUUUUGGGCUCGUGAAGUAGGUAAAAUGGUUGGAUUGGAACAUCCUCUCAUUCCUGUGCAACAUCAGUACGUCAUUACAUCCACUAUCCCUGAAGUGAAAGCUUUGAAACGAGAGCUUCCUGUGAUCCGUGAUCUGGAAGGAUCCUAUUACCUACGACAGGAAAGGGAUGGGCUUUUGUUUGGUCCUUAUGAAAGUCAGGAGAAAAUGAAAGCUCAGGACUCCUGGGUCACCAGUGGAGUUCCUCCAGGUUUUGGAAAGGAGCUGUUUGAGUCUGAUCUAGACCGGAUCAUGGAACACGUGGAAAUUGCCAUGGAAAUGGUUCCAGUCUUGAAAAAGGCCGACAUCAUCAAUAUUGUCAAUGGCCCCAUCACCUAUUCUCCCGACAUUCUGCCUAUGGUGGGGCCUCAUCAGGGGGUCAGAAACUACUGGGUGGCUAUAGGCUUUGGAUACGGCAUAAUCCACGCUGGUGGGGUAGGGAAGUAUCUCAGUGAGUGGAUCCUGCAUGGAGAACCUCCUUUUGACCUGAUAGAAUUGGAUCCUAAUCGCUAUGGCAAAUGGACAACAACUCAGUACACCGAGGUCAAAGCAAGAGAAUCAUAUGGAUUCAACAAUAUUGUUGGUUAUCCUAAGGAAGAACGGUUUGCCGGGAGACCAACUCAGCGAGUCAGUGGGCUCUACAAAAUCCUGGAGUCCAAGUGUUCCAUGGGGUUCCACGCGGGCUGGGAGCAGCCACACUGGUUCUACAAGCCGGGCCAGGACACUCAGUACAGACCCAGUUUCCGCCGCACAAACUGGUUUGAGCCGGUAGGCUGUGAAUAUAAACAGGUUAUGCAAAGAGUAGGGGUGAUUGACCUGUCCCCAUUUGGCAAGUUUAAUAUCAAAGGCCGAGAUUCCAUUAGGCUGUUGGACCGUCUCUUUGCAAAUGUCAUUCCAAAGGUGGGUUUUACAAAUAUAAGUCACAUGUUAACACCAAAGGGUCGAGUGUACGCUGAGUUGACUGUUUCUCACCAGUCUCCUGGGGAGUUUCUGUUAAUAACUGGCUCUGGAUCAGAACUUCAUGAUCUUAGGUGGAUUGAAGAAGAGGCAGUCAACGGUGGAUAUGAUGUUGAAAUCAAAAACAUAACCGAUGAGCUUGGAGUCCUUGGAGUUGCAGGGCCACGUGCCAGGAAGGUCCUUCAGAAACUGACCUCUGAAGAUCUGAGUGAUGAUGCUUUCAAGUUUCUUCAAACCAAGUCUUUCAAAGUUUCCAACAUUCCUGUUACCGCUAUUAGGAUAUCUUACACGGGUGAGCUGGGUUGGGAGCUGUACCACAGACAAGAAGAUUCCGCGGCACUUUACGACGUUAUCAUGAAUGCAGGCCAGGAGGAGGAAAUCGACAAUUUUGGAACAUAUGCCAUGAACGCCUUAAGACUGGAGAAAGCUUUCAGAGCCUGGGGGUCAGAGAUGAACUGUGAUACAAAUCCCUUGGAAGCCGGACUGGAAUCUUUUGUGAAAUUGAAUAAGCCCGCAGACUUCAUAGGAAAGCAAGCACUGAGACAGAUUAAAGCCAAGGGGCUGAAACGAAGACUGGUCUUCCUCACCUUGGCAACGGAUGAUGUUGAUCCGGAGGGAAAUGAAAGCGUCUGGUACAAUGGCAAGGUGGUCGGCAACACAACAUCUGGAAGCUACAGUUACAGCAUCCAGAAGAGUCUGGCUUUUGCAUAUGUCCCCGUGGAACUAAGUGAAGUGGGACAGCAAGUGGAAGUGGAACUGCUGGGCAAAACUUACCCGGCUGUCAUCACGCGAGAGCCCUUGGUAUUGACAGAGCCAGCCAGAAACCGGCUUCAGAAAAAAGGUGGAAAGGACAAGGUUUGAAAAAGGCCUUUAGCAAUCAGCUGAAUGAUAGUUGCUAUACAACUAUAUUUGAUGUUAUUCUAAUUCAGCGGUUCUCAACCUGGGGUUCGUGACCCACAGGAACUGUAUUAAAGGGCCACGGCAUUAGGAAGGUUGAGAACUACUGUUCUAAUUGGUUCCCAGGGUACUCAAGGAACCCAAGAUUCAUUUUAAAAUCAUCAAAGUCUAGAUUUAGAAUCUUAAUAAAAUCUUUCUCUUCAUUGUUCUCUAAGCAAGAUAAAAUACUGGAUUAUUAAUUUAUAUUGUUCUUUCAAAUGAAGAAAUUUGAAAAGAAUGGCUUUCAUUCAAUAUUACUCAAUCAGUGAAACAUUUCGGUGUUUGCUAAUAUACAAUCAUUCUUAUAAUUUAAUUUAAAGGACAUUACCUAAUUUUAGUAACAUAUACCUAUGAUUCUUGAUAGCCGAAAACAAAUCAAUUACUUUUUACAUAAAAACAAAUACAAUACUGUUUGAUGGAGUUACUUCGCUGAGAUAUGUUUCCUUAGUAAGUGGUAGUUUUAAUUUUUCAUAAAUUAUCUUUAAAGAGAAUAGUUAAGUUGAACAUCAAUAAAUAACUUUUUUCUUCCA